AUGGCCAGUGGCGUUAGCUUGAAUCCCGGUGCUUAUAUCACCGGCGCCAACCAAGCCGCAGCCGCAACGGCGGCGCAGUCGGCUGCGGCUGUCCCGAGCACCUCUGGGGACGGUCAGUCAGCCAGCAAAUCUGGCGGCGCUGGCGCUGCUGGAGGAAGCAAGAGUGAAUCCACACCCGUUCCAAAGCGCACCAAGGUGGCAGCACCUGUACUCGUCACCGGCGAUCAGCUAGCCGCCUUUUCCGAGGCCCUCGAUGAUUUUGUGCCCGUCAUCCCGGACGAGGUUAUUCAAUAUUACCUGCGCAAGGCUGGCGUCGACCCCUCCGAUCAGCGCGUUGUGCGAAUGGUCUCUCUGGCCACGCAGAAAUUUGUGGCCGAUACGGCCUUGGAUGCCAUGAAUCACAACCGUCAUCGCGCCCCGAGUAAAAAGGGCAAGUUGCUCAUGGCUGUGCUCAACUGGCUUGUGCAGGAGGACAACCGCAUUAUGGGCAUGGAUGACUUGUCCUUUGCUUUGAAGGCUCAAGGCGUUGAUAUUGCCAAGCCAGCCUACUAUACCUGA